AUGUGUCAAAGCUCCAGAACAGGGUGACAGGGUAAAACAUUUCUGAUCAGCUUCUUUCUGACGCCAUUGUGAUUUUUUAUAGUUCAACAAAAUUUAUUUCUGUAAUUCUGCAUUUUAAGUGCCGAGUUAAACUUCUACAGGGACAUUGUGGAUGACAGUGACAGAGCAGAAUUUAAAGUAGACUAAAAUUUUUAUUUGAUUGUCACAAUGGCGGACGACAUGCCCAAUAAUUCCGAAACUAUACCUGACGUUUCUCUAAACACACCCCAAGUCCCUCCAAUGCACAUGGAAGUCGAAGAACCAUCUCCUGAACUACCACUUCCACCACCACCAACAGACUCGGAAGCUGUCAUUAAAAACUUGGAACUGGUGCCAGAACUUUCUUCAGAACUUCCUGUUCAGCUUCCUUCGGAACUUCCUGUUCAACUUCCUGUACAGGAACAAUCUGUUCAACCAGAACAGCCUCCAGUUGAACAACAGAUAGUACCGGAAGUGCCAAUAAGUGAAACUGAGCAGGUAGCUGUUGCACCUGAAGAGAUCGUACAAGAAAAACCUCCAGAAGAAGUAGUUCCAGAAAAGCCUCCUGCAAAAAUGAUAAGUAUUCACAUAAAAACUCCACAAGAAAGAGAAACGUUUGAAGUAGAGGAGAAUGCUGGAGUUAAGGAUUUAAAAGCUGUGAUAGCUCCUAAGUUCAAUGCUGAACCAGAUCAAUUAUGUCUAAUUUUCGCUGGAAAAAUAAUGCAGGAUGAGGAUCAUCUACUACAACACAACAUAAAAGACGGCUUGACGAUUCAUUUGGUCAUACGUGCUGCACCCAGAUUAUCUGAACAAGCUAAUAGACGACCAGCUGACAUAGGAGCUACUCCAUUUCAACUGGGAUCAUUAGGAGGUUUGGCUGGACUUAACCAGUUAGGAUUGAGUUCCCCUACAUUCAUGGAGCUGCAGAAUCAGAUGCAGAGUGAAUUGCUUUCCAACCCUAACAUGUUAAGAAAUCUUCUAGACAACCCCAUGGUAACCCAGUUGAUGAGUAAUCCGGAAGUUAUGCGAAAUCUUUUGAUGAGAAAUCCCCAGAUGCAAAAUCUGGUGCAAAGGUACCCAGAAAUACACCAAACUCUCAAUAAUCCAGAACUAUUGCAACAAACAGCGGAACUGGCAAGAAAUCCUUCAAUGCUGCAAGAAUUAAUGAGAAGUCAUGAGCGUGCCAUGGGCCUGGAUCCUAGCUCUCCCAUCCCUACUAGUAAUCCUGUUCCAAACUUGUUUCAAAAUCUUCAAGAACCAAUGCUGUCGUCCUUAGCGGCUCAGUAUCAAGCUGGAGCACAAACCAAUCCAGGUCGUGGUGUUUUAAAUCCACCUCCCUUAGCCAGUUUGCUCCAACAAAUGUCAGAGAAUCCUACUAUUAUACAAAAUAUGCUUCAAGCUCCAUAUACCCAGUCAGUAUUAGAAGCUCUUAGCGCCGAUCCAAGUGUAGCAAAUGCUCUUCUAGCUCAGAAUCCUCUGAUUUCAGACAACCCCACGUUACAGGAACAAAUGAGAGCUAUGAUGCCACAAUUGGUCCAGCAGAUGCAAAAUCCUGAAAUACAAAACCUUAUGACAAACACCCAAGCAUUAGACGCUAUCAUGCAAAUUCAACAAGGCAUGGAGAGCUUAAGACAAGCUGCUCCCACUUUAAUACACACAUUUCCCCCACCAGCACCUCAACCCCUUAAUACAGGUACUCCUGCUUCGCAAACAGAAACUUCCACACAAAAUCCUCCUGCUGGCGCCCCUAGAGAUGCUUUCUCAGAAUUCAUGAGUAGAAUGGUAGGCAGUAUGGCAGCCAACACAAACAACACAUUGCCACCCGAGCAGCGGUAUCAAGCUCAGUUAGAACAGUUGGCUGCGAUGGGUUUCCUUAAUCGAGAAAUAAAUCUGCAAGCAUUGAUUUCCUGCUUUGGAGAUAUAAACGCAGCUAUCGAAAAGUUACUUUCACAAGGGCAGUUAUCUUCAAUGGGAUAAGUUCAGUAUUUAGGAUUGAAUAUAUAUUAUUAUGAAAUAUGGUAGUUUAGUAAAACUGUUUUGGUGCAUCCACAGAUAUAUUUUGUUUUAUUACUGCAGACAUUAACAAUUUUACGUGUAUAAAUAAUAAAUAAAUGUAUUUCAGUGGGUUUUGAAACUCAUUAGAACAACGUGGUUAAAUUGAAUUUGAACUUUUUUUAAUGCUUAAGUUUCCCCCUUUUCUGUCUUGGCACCCGAGAGGAAGUGUAGUGGUCGUCGUGUAUUGUCCGUAUCCAAAGAUCUCUGUGUCUGAUCAUUUUUUUAGGCAUAUUGCUUUUGCAUAUUCCUGCCUUCUUGUUGAGGAUCGUCCUCGUGACCUUCUACCUUUCCUUGGAUAAGUCUUUCCAUUUUUCUGUGUCUGCUCUCAUACCAUGUCAAAAGUAUUUUAAUUCUUCUCCAACAGAACAUUUCAGUGGUAUCUACUAGGCUUGUUCAAUUGAAACCCAUGUUUGAUCCAGAAAAAAAUUAUCGGCAAACGUCUAAUCUAUCUAUCUCAGCCUUAAACGCCCAUUCCUGGGCAUAGGCCUCCCCUGUUAAUCUCUAUUGGUCUAUAUUCUGGCCGAUCUGCACCCAGUCCUUGCGUGCUGUUCUCUUAAUUUCGUCCGUCCUUCUCAUCUGUGGUCUUCCUCUUUUUCUUUUCUGUUCCCAUGGUCGUCAGUGUAGAAUUCUCCUAUUCCAUCUUUCAUGUUUUUGCCGCAGAGUGUGGCCGGCCAAAGUAUCUUCAUUAUAAAAGAAUAAUUAUCGCUAUAUUUAAGGCACAUAUCCCAUUGUUUCACCAACCGAUGCAUAUCAUGUUUAAAGAAUUCUUGUGGCUGUAGCUCGAAGAAUUCUUUUACGGCAUUUUCUAUUUCUUGGUCCAUCUGAAAAUGAUUACCUUGUUAACGCCUUUUUCAGUGGCCCAAAGGUGUGAAAAUUGUAGAGCGCAAAUUGGAACCAGGGAGUGGAUGCUUUAACAUCCUCCAUUUUUUGUUGUUAUGGAUUUCCUUUAACUACAUUGGCGAUAUAAGACCGAGCAUUUUCGGGCAGAAGAAUGCCACCACGUGAGAGCUUUUUUGGGCGUUUUUGUCAUAUUGCUUGAUAACUUAUUUCCUUAUACAGGUUUUCGUUGAUAUACACUCUAGAUUGCUUAUAGAUAGCUUAUGGCUGCUAAAAAAGUUCAAUUUGCCAAGUGACUAAUGAUGUGAUAACCCAAUAUGUUAGGUCUUUUAAACACAUUUAACAGGUUAUCCACUAGGUAUAGUUUUUUUUAUAUAUUUAUUCAUUUAUCGAAUCUCGUUUAUUAGAUAAUAAACCAAUAAAAUAUUUAUUUAUUAUUAUUCUACAUUGAAAGAAUUAUAAAAAAAUAGAAUGUUUUCUAAUCAAUAAAUUUUGCCUUCUUAUAACCAACGGAAUAUCUUCUCCGUCACUGUGGGAGUCAUCAGUCAUAUACAGAAGCUCUAUUUCUCCAGAAAGAUUGAAAAUGUUUUGCAUCUGUUUGAUAAGGAACAUCUGGAGAAAUUGUCACCUAGGAGAAAUUUGCUAACAAAUACUAUGAUGAAUUCCAAUACAUAUAUUGAAUCUGAAAGAACAAAAAAUAUAUUUUACACUGUAAAAGCCCAAUGUAUCCAACUGAGUACAGGUCCGUCUGGUAAGAUAAAUAGACAAGAAUAUAAAGAUUACUAUUCAUUAUCAUGCCACCUACACUCCUAACUGAGAGAACUCUUUGAGUUCUUCCGAUUUAUUUGUAGUGGGGAAUCGGACCGUCUUAACAUUUUGCUUUUACAAUAUUAGUUGCGUCUUCUACAAUAUUUAUCCAUUCAUUCUUAUCUUUGCUUAGGAUUAUCCAUUCUCUUAAGGUCUGCAAUUAUCUGGUUUUCCCAUCUCGUUUUCGGUCUUCAACGGUCUGCCUGAUACUGGUCUCCAUUUGAACUCUUGUAUAAGUUCAUCCAUCAAUAUAUAUUUUUUGUUUGUACAGAGUAUUUGUCUGAGACCUUCUUUUCUUCUAUACUCUUCCAAGUCUUCUUCUCUACUUGUCUUCUGCCAUUUCUUCCGUGCUAGGUUUUUCCCUGGUUGUUGUUUCGUAGUCUUCAUCGUACCCUUACUAUUACUGGGUAAACAAACGUGAGAAGCAAAGUUACGAAAUCCUGUAAAUAGUUUGUUAUAAACCCCCAAAUAUCAUGCAACAUAAUUGAUGAAAGGAAAUGGUGAAGUUAAUUUUUGAGAAUAUUGAUUGCGAUGUUAGAACGACAGCAUCACUAUCAUUCAUCGGCAGUACGAUUAUUUUGCAAUUGAAGUCAGUAUUUUAUUGGCUGUAUACCUGAACAGAUUUAACUGAAACCCUCAAGGUCACUUACACCGCAUUAACGAGCGUCUGUCGUGUCUUCUCUUGACGGUUGCAGAUAAAUGGGUUUUACUGUACUCGGGACGGCUACAGUGGGAGUAAACGGGUUAAUAUACAAAAAAUCCAGAAAAGAAGAACAAUUUCUUGUUUGUACAUGUCAUCAAAUAUUUUUAGCUGACUAAUAUGCCGGUGUGGGCCAGGUUCCGAUUGAGUUAUAACACGCAUUUUCCAUGAGUAAUGGACAAUUAAGGGCUCUUAUCUUCUAAGGAGAUAGAGUUUAGAGGGCAAAAUAUAUUUUUUAAUCUUUAUACCUACUGCAUAAAUAAUACUGUAUACAUAAAAAUCUCUUUUUUAUGUAUAACAAUUUUGUUAAUCUGAGAUGCACUACACUAUGUAAUGCAAUGAAUCGUACUUUUUCUUUGUAUUAAUUAUAAAAGUUUAAUAAAGUCAUUACCAUUUG